GAGCCAGCACCUCCCAUUCUGCUCCUUGGUCUCCAGGCACAGAGCCAGCCUCAGCCCUAACCUACCAGUCAGGAUGUGGGAGCCAACGUCCAAAAGUCAGCUCUGGAGGAAGAGCAGCGACAUCCCUUCCCAGUGUCUUAUCCAUAGACUUGACCACGUCGUGAUGACUGUAAAGAACAUCGAUGACACGAUUAUGUUCUAUUCCAAGAUCCUAGGCAUGCGGGUCACUACUUUCAAGGGAGACCGGAAAGCGUUGUGUUUUGGGGACCAAAAAUUUAAUCUACAUGAGGUGGGCAAGGAAUUUGAUCCCAAAGCAGCUCACCCGGUUCCAGGCUCGCUGGACAUUUGUCUGAUCACAGAAGCUCCACUGGAGGAGGUGGCCAAGCGCCUCAAGGCUUUUGAUGUCCCCAUUGAGGAGGGACCAGUCUCCAGAACAGGAGCAAAGGGGCCUAUUAUGUCCAUCUACUUCCGAGAUCCUGACAGAAACCUCAUUGAGGUGUCCAACUACAUCACCUCAUGAUUGACGCUGGCCCUCUUCCAUUUUGCUCCACAAAAUGCCAUCUGAUCUGUCAUUUCCUGCAAAUCCCAAAGACCUCCAAGAACUGGGAACUCUGACACAGGGGACCUAUGACAGGCUUAAGUACAAACUUUUAUGUCUACAUAGCCUCCAUUCAAGCUGCUCCAGUAAAUGACUCAUCUCUCC